AUGCAAGCAAAAAUCAAUUCUUUCUUCAAGCCCUCUUCUUCUUCUUCGUCCCCUAUCGCCGCCUCAGUAUCAUCAGACACGGACGAUGGUUUAGCCGUCUGGGAGAAUAAUCGAAACGUCAUCGUCAAUACUUACGAGCGUCGAUCUGGGAUAGUCGAUAGAAGUGAAGUGCUUAAGGAAUGCAUCGGGAAGCCACUGAGGAAAGGAUCUUCUUCUGCAUCUAAAAACCUCAACAAGAAGCGCAAUUAUACCCAAUUCCACUUAGAGUUGGGCCAAUCCGAUUUUCUUCUCAGACAUUGCGCAGAGUGUGGAGCUACGUAUGCUCCUGGAGAUGAAUCAGAUGAGAAGAACCACCAAAGUUUUCACAAGAACUAUAUGCAUGGAAUCCCUUUUAAGGGUUGGCAGAACGAGAGAGCGUUCACAUCAUCUUCUUUCAACAAGAACCGCAUCGUUAUGGUACUGGAUAAUGAUUCUCCUGCACACAGAAACAAGGUGCAAGAGGUUGUGAAAAUGAUGGAGGUUGAGCUAGGUGAGGAUUGGAUUCUUCACCAACAUUGUAAGGUUUACUUAUUCAUUUCCUCUCAGAGGAUCUCCGGAUGUUUAGUUGCGGAACCAAUUAAGGAAGCAUUCAAGCUCAUAGCUCCUCAUGGUGAUGAAAGACAGUUAAAGAAAGAGAGCUCCUCGCCUUCAACGUCCAUUCAGUUUGGAAACAUUGUGUUGCAGAGAGAAGUAUCGAAAAGAUGUCGAGAAUCAGAAGAAAGAGUAGAUAAUGGAGCAAUUGUAUGUGAAGAAGAAGCUAAACCAGCUGUUUGUGGAAUUAGAGCAAUCUGGGUCUCACCUUCCAACAGAAGAAAAGGCUUAGCUACACGGUUACUCGAUACGACGAGGAAAACCUUCAGCAAUGGGUGCGUUUUGGAGAAAUCUCAGUUGGCAUUUUCACAACCAAGCUCCAUGGGAAGAGCUUUUGGUUCUAAGUAUUUUGGAACUUGUUCAUUCUUUGUUUACAAAGCUCAACUAGCUAUACCAGGCCCAACACGGUAG